AUGGAUUAUGCGAACCUGCUGAAGGCUGAAAUCGCCAAGAAACAGAAGGCUAUUGCUAGCUCAAAUCGCCCAUCAGAAACUCCAUGGCUAACACAACAGCAGGACGAAGGCGACGGGUUGGAGUCAAAGAUGUUGCGAAGCACAGAAGCUCAAGACAACCAGGAACAAAAACCCCCCCUUGAGCAUGACGUGAGGGAGGUUUUUCGGGAACAGGGAAAGUCCAAAGAAACUGAUUCAAAGUCAGCAGCUUCCGCGAGUCGGCUUCGUACGCGCCCUGGUCGUAUCGCCAAGGUUUUGGCAGACGAACGGAAAUUAGAUACCGCAAUUUCGGCCACUGAGAUCGGAGACGUGGAACAGGAGGCACAUCUCUCACUUAAAUGUAAUUUGUACAUUCAUCUCUUGCUCCAGUUAUGGCAGGAAGAAUGCUACAAGCCCGAACUGAUCCUGGAGACAAAAAAGGCUUUAUAUCCACUUGUUUUGAAGUUGCGCAAGCGGCGCCUGUCCUCAGAGUUUCUCACUUCAUUGGCAACGAUUCUGUUCCAUACUCAGCAGCACCAAUUCCCACAAGCUACACAGUCUUACAUGAAACUAAGUAUUGGAAAUGUGGCAUGGCCUAUUGGUGUCACGUCUGUGGGAAUCCACGCUCGUAGCGCGCAUGAGCGUAUUCAAGGUAAAGACAAGAUUGCGAACGUGAUGCUGGACGAGCACACGCGCUUAUGGAUCACGAGCGUCAAGCGGCUCAUAACGUUUGCGGAAGCACUUGAGCGUCGUAAGAAGUCACAGCAUGCCAAUGAGUGA